GGGGAGGAGGCAGCCGCUACAGUAGUACAGACCUGGGUUGACCGUGGGUCGUUUCGGGUCAAGUUUGGCGCCAAACGCGAGCUUUGGUGUGCAGACGACAUCCUGGAAAAAAUGGCCGGUUUUCGGAGUUUUUCGGUUUCCGGAACACCGGAUAAAAGGUUGUGCACCUGUAUACCACAACCAAAUACAGUCAGUCAAUUAGAAAAAAUAUGUACAAAUCCAGAAUCAACAAAUUUUCCCCAGGUUGGGAACCCUUGCAUUACAACAUCUGAGGUGAGGGUCAAAUGUGGAUCCCCAGAACUGAGGCAGCAGCACUAAUUGUUAUGCCCUCCUUCCAACACCACCUCCACACCCUGCUGCUCUCAUCUCCUCUCAUGCCUCUUGAUUCACGGUUGUGGAGGCACUUGAAUUGUUGCAUUUGAUCCUGCAAGUACUUUUCAAAGAUGCAUAGAAUGGAACUACUGUAAAUGGCAUUCAAUUCUGUUCAUGAAUAUUGCAUCAUGUUUUUCAUAUUAUGUUUUUUGUCAGAGUGUUAACAUUAACACAUGCAGGUGGAAUAGUGAUAUCUCUCACAAAGCCAAUUAAAAUAAUUUUAAGAUUCUUCUAUUUUAUCCUACUAUUUUUGUUCAGAAACAGUUUCUAAUCCCAACCAAGGUUUUACUCUGGUGUCUUUCACAAUGUCAGAUCAUCCCAACGCAUCAUUGUAAAUGAAUUCAGCAACAAAUUUCUAUGCAACAGUAUCCCACAUAUAGUGGUUGGAUAAUUUUUAUAGUUUGUUUUAGGCAUAUUGAUAAAGAUAGAUAUACGUAAACCAGAUGAGACAGUUAUUGAAAUGGCUUCAAAGCCAUUGUUAUACAAACUGAAGCCACAUUUAUAUAAACCAGGGGCUUGUAUGUUCCUAUGUUUCAAUUAAAAGCGUAUGGUAGAACAAAUCAAGAUAAAGAUCUGGUCAAAUAGUCUAAAAUAAAAUUUUCUUUUUACAGGUUUAAGGAAAAUAACUCAGGAGAACAGGGAUAGAUAUCGAACUCAGCUAAAUGCAACAAAAACUGCUAUCAGCACACCCAAAAGAGGAGAAGAGGAUAGUGGAUAGGUCUUUUUCAGUUAAGGAAAGAAUGGAUUUGGCAUUAAACUGAGGCCUGCAGUUCAUGUGGUGGGAAGUGGAAAGAAAGCCAAAAAGCCCAUUGUUAAAUAACAUAGACAGGUGAGCAGUGUCAGAAUAAAUUAAAAACUGAAGAGCAGAAUCAAUGUUAAAGGUUGCACUGAAGGCUAAACCUAAAAAUAGUAGGAUAUGCAUGGUCUUUUUGUUAAAAAUAAUGAGAUAGUGGGAAGGCAUUUCCUGCCUAGUCAUGUGAGCAGGAAGAAUUAAGCAAGCUAGUUCUAAGUGAAUCGAGAGUUGUGUGCACAGGUGGCUAGGCGUCAAAGACUGUAAUGCAUGUGGUGCAUGUAGAAAAAUGUAGGAAACUGAGGCCAUCAUAAUGGAGCCAGCUUUCACAUCACAGAUAACGGGGCAAGAUCCAGCUGCUAUGCAUCCAGCUGUUGUGUAGGACCUGGACCACGGAAAACUGUAACUGCAUCCUGAUGACUUAAACCAUCACCUAUGUUUUCCAGCAUUAAGCACUACAGAUUAAUAUUUGGCAUUCCAAAACAGUACCACAUUUGCUUUUACAACGAGUUGUAAAGUACAUUGUAGCACAUAAUUGGAUGUUCAGACAAAUGUUGAUAGGAUUAAUUUUACAGUAAAUAACUUGAAUUAAUAGAUUUUUAACGAAUUGCCUCUGGCAUUUUCGAGAAUGGCAAUGCAUAGAAGACUGGGAAUUUCAAAAAAUGUUUACAUAUGGAGCCCAGAUUUGUGUCAGUACGGAAAUAAUUUGGCACUAUCAUCCAAUUAGAUGAUGGCUGAUUUGUAUUCAUGUUAUCGAUUGCCAUAUGGCCAGUGUUCUUGGGCGUACUGGUGUCAUCUAGUCACUUAAGGUAAGGCAAAUUGAUAAGGCCCACAAUUCCCAGUUUAUGAACCCAUUACUUAAUGCUGUCUGUCUUCAACACCAUAAAUUUGUAUUUUACUUCAACCCCUUGUUACUGAAUAACAUUUGGAAGUACAAUUAAUUGAACUCCCUGACUUAGUGACCACUUCAGAAAUUUAGAAGGAUUUGCAAAAUAUGACACUCUUAUUUGCAAAUGAAUUUUAAAUCUGCCUGGUUGGUCCAUCUUUGUUAAAUACCUUGUUCAGCUUUCUCUUAUGAUAAUCCCAAGAUCUUGCCACAGCUGGUUUAAGACUUGAAAAAUUAUUAUAAUUGGAAAUUCAUAGAUGGGUUUCCAUUCUAAUUUUCCAGUUACAUGGUGUUAAAUCAGAAAAUGGUAUAUCCCAAUCUAGAAUUAUUUUGUUAAUUCAUCUUAACGGAUAGAGAAUUAUUGGCUAAAGAAAUGUAAUUUCAUGAAAUGCAUUCUAAAUCUUUGCCAGAAGCACAAGGAGAAAAGUUGCCUCUUAUGUUAAGACAAAAAAUUAAGUCAAUGUUUGUGAUGCUAGUGGAUGUUAAUUACUUUUGUGUAAGAGGGACUAUGACUUAAUUGGCAGGGUGAGGAGAUUGGUGUGUGAAAAGAUGAUGAAAGGAUGAUACCAGGUGGACAGAUAGCAACUUUUUUUUAGUCAUAAAAUGCUGGAAACACAAAACUCAGCAGGUUAGGCAGCAUCCCUGGAGAACAUGGGUCGGGACCCUUCAGAAGUCCAGAAGCAAAGAUUAGGAGUAAACGGGUCUUUUUCACAAUGGCGGGCAGUGACUAGUGGGGUACCGCAAGGCUCAGUGCUGGGACCCCAGCUAUUUACAAUAUAUAUUAAUGAUCUGAAUGAGGGAAUUGAAGGCAAUAUCUCCAAGUUUGCGGAUGACACGAAGCUGGGGGGCAGUGUUAGCUGUGAGGAAGAUGCUAGGAGACUGCAAGGUGACUUGGAUAGGCUGGGUGAGUGGGCAAAUGUUUGGCAGAUGCAGUAUAAUGUGGAUAAAUGUGAGGUUAUCCAUUUUGGUGGCAAAAACAGGAAAGCAGACUAUUAUCUAAAUGGUGGCCGAUUAGGAAAAGGGGUGAUGCAGCGAGACCUGAGUGUCAUGGUACACCAGUCAUUGAAAGUAGGCAUGCAGGUGCAGCGGGCAGUGAAGAAAGCGAAUGGUAUGUUAGCUUUCAUAGCAAAAGGAUUUGAGUAUAGGAGCAGGGAGGUUCUACUGCAGUUGGACAGGGUCUUGAUGAGACCACACCUGGAGUAUUGCGUACAGUUUUGGUCUCCAAAUCUGAGGAAGGACAUUAUUGCCAUAGAGGGAGUGCAGAGAAGGUUCACCAGACUGAUUCCUGGGAUGUCAGGACUGUCUUACGAAGAAAGACUGGAUAGACUUGGUUUAUACUCUCUAGAAUUUAGGAGAUUGAAAGGGGAUCUUAUAGAAACUUACAAAAUUCUUAAGGGGUUGGACAGGCUAGAUGCAGGAAGAUUGUUCCCGAUGUUGGGGAAGUCCAGGACAAGGGGUCACAGCUUAAGGAUAAGGGGGAAAUCCUUUAAAACCGAGAUGAGAAAAACUUUUUUCACACAGAGAGUGGUGAAUCUCUGGAACUCUCUGCCACAGAGGAUAGUUGAGGCCAGUUCAUUGGCUAUAUUUAAGAGGGAGUUAGAUGUGGCCCUUGUGGCUAAGGGGAUCAGAGGGUAUGGAGAGAAGGCAGGGAUACUGAGUUGGAUGAUGAGCCAUGAUCAUAUUGAAUGGUGGUGCAGGCUCGAAGGGCCGAAUGGCCUACUCCUGCACCUAUUUUCUAAGUUUCUAUGUUUCUAUGUUUAAUUCCUUAGGAGUUUUUAACCCACUCACAAAUGCUGGGUAAUGGCCUCUGAGCUGAUGUCAGUACUUCCGGUAAUAGUUGUAGGAAAAAUACUUACUGUCUGAUAAACUUUCACUCGUUGUGAGUGAACAUACUGCAUACUUUAAAUUAUUUUUGUUUUAACGGCGCAUUGGCAUUCAGUGCGUAUUCAACUGAUUCCUUAAUGAAGUGAUAGUCUCUAAAGUUUUUGUUAGAUCUUUUUUAACAGAAUUAUAGAUUGAUAUCAGAAUACCCCUAAAUUCCAGAUGAAUUCAUUUGCAUUGACCCAAUAAAGCUUAUCCAAGAAUUCUGAAUACAAGAAAGGUAAUUCAUUUUCACUGAUUGUAACCCAAAUUAUUUUUCAUUGUGGUAUGAAUUCACAUUUACAUUGAUCAAAAACACAAUUAGUAAUAUAAUCUAAAGUAUAUAGGAUGUUAUCAUUGAUUUAAAAAAAAUAAAAAAAUUGCUAUAUUUAUGUAAAAGUUGUGCUCACUGGCAUUGAGGUAACAAUUUGCUGAUUGCAGUAGAGGGCAUGUACUUAUUUAGCCCUGACCAAAUGUGCAUACUCAUGCACAAGCUGGAAUUACGGAAUCAGUGUUGAUGUGCAUGUCUAUAUUUAGAAAGCAAAAAACAAGUGAGCGAGAAAGCUUUUGCCCAAGAGAAUAUUUUGACCGAGGUAUUAUUGAAUUGCUGCCCCCUGUUGAUCAAAUCAGUUAUGCAUCUAGUUUUGCAAAUACCUUUCUGUUUAUAAUAGUGUUGUUGUUUUGUAUUUUAACUUUAAUUCAAUAUUUUUAUUUCAAUAUCAUAAAUCAUAGUGGCAUAUUAUUACUCCAUCACCAUAUUUCUACCUUCCGUUCCCGUCCAAACAGUUGGACAUAAGGAAUUACCACCCUAGAUCUGUUUCUUGGCAUUUGAUAGCAUACAGAUUAACAUUACAUAUUGAUGUCUUCAUUAUUAAUGCUUGGAAGAUCUUGGGUUCAUCCCACUAAUAUUUUAAUUGUUUGCAUCUCGCUAAAUUCAUAUUUGGGCCCUUCCGAUAGUGCAGGCUAACAAACUCAAAUCUGACAAAUUAUUAGUAAUCCAAUUGUUAGUUUCUCCCACUAAUUGUUCUGUAAACAACAAUGUGAUGAGCUACCACAUCGUGUAUUUUAGUGUUAUUGUUUAGUUCAGUUAGUUUGGUUGAGAAAUAAAUGGCAGCAAGUACAUAGAGCAUUUCCCCCUCAAUGCCCCACUAAAGACAGAAAUUAGGGUCUCUUUAAUGUAUAUGCCUACAAAUUGCAAACUUGCCCUGAACUUUAAUUUGUUUUGCACUGUGCAAAACAAUUUCAAUGUACAUAAAUGUGAGGUUGAUCCCUUGGGCUUAAGACAUUUACUGUAGAAUCUCUUCAGAAGAGCUAGGGACAUUGGGGCAGAGGGACAUUCUGGACAGUUAGGGACAGUUCUUGGCACCACAUCAUCACUUUGGCCUUUAAGUGUAUGUCGCAUAACUAUACCAGAACACUAUUUGGACCAAAAAUGUGAGAACAUAGAUAAAAUGCAUUAUUGGUUAAGUUUGGAAGAGAACUGCUAUUUUUUUUCCCCACUCUCCACGAUGAAGUUGUGAAAUAAGAUAGUGUUGUGAUGGAGGAAAAAAGGUCUGCCGAUCAGAAGAAAUGUUUUACAUAGGAGUACAAAGAAUAUACAACAUGGAAAGGGGUCAGACACAAAAGACUGGAUGCUGACACCUUGAACAAAAAAAAAUCUACAGGAACUCAUCAGGUCAGGCAGCAUUUGUGGAGGGAAGUGGAUGGACAAUGGAUCAGGUCGGGACCCUGCAACAGAACUUGAAACGUUAAUUAUUCUUUUACGAUGUGGCUCUUAGAAAUUCACUAUUCCAGACAGCCAUGAUAUUAGCUCAGGCCUUCAGGUCCUGACAACAAUCUCGUAAAUCUCUGCAAUCUUUCCAGUUUAACGACAUCCUCCUGAUGGCAGGGUGACCAAAACUGAAUACAAUGCUCCAAAUGCAACUUCACAAACAUCUUGUACGAUUGUAACUAAACAUCGAAACUUCUGUACUCAAUGCCCUGAAUGAUGAAGGCCAAUAUACCAAAAGCCUUCUGACUACACUGUGUACCUGUGCCACCACUUACGGGGAACUUUGUACCUGCAAUCCUAUAUCCUUCUGUUCUGCAACAUUCCCCAGGGCCCUGACAUUCAUUGUGAAGGUCCUGCCCUGGUUUGAUUUCCCAAAAUUCAACACCUCGUACAUAUUGCUUGUUAGCAUUUGUUACCCAUCCAAAAAAUAGUUUUUCCAGAAGUGUUCUAUUUAAAACUCCGUUUACUUAUCCAUUUCAUGUGAAGGUCUAGGAUUUCUUGCCUCGUUAACUGGAUUAUUUCAGAUUCUGUUAAAUUUCGAUCAUGUCGCUGAGUCUGGAGGCUAGAUAGGCCUGGUAAAAAUGGCAGAUUUCCUUUCCUAAAGUGAACUAAAUUAACUUAAGGCGAUCUAGUAGUUUCACAUCAGCAGGUUACUUAAUUGAAUUUAAAUUCCCCUGCAUUUAUGGUAGAAUUUGAACAUGUCUCCAGAUCAGUAGUCCAGGCCUCUGUUACUAGUCCAAUAACAUAACUACUAUGCACUUCUCUGCAUGCUAUACCACCUCAUGUGCAAACAUGUUUUAGGAAGCAUUAGUAUCAGCUUCCAAGGUUAAUUCCUCAUUUUACCUUGGAGUGAUCUUUACCUCGUAUCUUGGUUCCAGGCAAGUUACUCAACAUUAGUUAUUCAUUGCAUUAAACUGGCUUUAAAAGUAACUUGCUUUGACCUUGCCUUUUAUCUUUU